AUUAUUAUCUGAGCUGGUCCAGUGGUGACACUGAGUGAGACGCUCACGCCCCUUUAAGACAGAAAGUCCGUUGGAACCGUCUGCUGCUCCCUGGUCUCUGGAGAUGAGGCAGGAGGACUUGGGGACAGCUGUGGAGACACGGCCCAGAUGAUCCGGUCCUGGCAGAAGUGACUGGCGGGGAUCAGGAUGCUGGAAGGUCAGCUCGAGGCCGGGGAGCCCACGGAGGGCACCCACCCAGAAGACCCAUGCCCGGGAGCUGGGACUGCCAUGGAGAAGACAGCUGCGGCAGCCGAGGUCCCCAGGGAGGAUGGCAACGCCGGGGAGAUGCCGCCAUUACAGCAGCAGAUCACCAGACUCCACCAAAAGCUCCGGAGACAGGAGUCUCUGUGGGCUGAUGUUCACAGAAAACUCCAGAAUCAUAUAGAUGCUUUGAGGAAGCAGAACCUGGAGCUGCGAGAAGAGCUGAGAGGUCUGCAGAGGCAGCAGUGGAAAGCCAGGAAGAAAUCAGCAGCACGCCCACACACAGGGCGAGAAUCACACACUCUGGCAUGGGAACCUGCUUUUGGAAACAUUUCACCUCUGUCAGUUGAUGAGGAGACGAUGCCCAAAUAUGUUGGCCACAAGAGUCAGAGUGCCACUGUCCUGGGACAAAGAUCGUCAUCUAACAGCUUAACUCCUCCAAAGCCAAUGAGUUUAAAGACAGAAAGAAUUAAUGUGGGGACAACACCACCACAGGAAGAUAGAGAGAAAGGUCCUCCCGGGAGACAUCAAGACGGAAAUCCGACACCCACUGGAAGGCCGACUCCCGGUGCAGAAAGACGGGGGGUGUCUGAAGAUGGAAAGGUGACUUCGGAAACCUGGGUCACUCUACACUGGCCACAUGGAAAAUUCAGAUUCAGAUAAACUUCCACUUAG